CCUGACCACAGCCUGCUUGUGGUUACCUGGUCAACAUCCAUGAUGGUGUCUUCCAGACUCAGAUCUUUGAGUCUGUCUUCAAGUCCACCAUUGGGAACCUUUUAAAAAGAAAGAAAAAAACCCCACAGAGUUCUGGAGUGAAAGAAUAAAACUAUGCUUGUUCACUAAUAAAAUGUAGACCAUUUUGACAAGAGGACAUUAGUUUCAGACGGCAUUGCACAUCUCGGGUCAAGAAUCAGAAUACUGAACUGGAAAAAAAAUCUCUCAGAGUGAAAACUGAUCCCAAAUCGCAAUCUGACUGUGCUUACCUCAACAUCCAUAGGGAUGUCUUGGUCCCCAAGUGGCGCUUGAAAGACCUAGGUUUAAAAAAAUCAACUCAGGUUUAAAAAUUAUGAAAUUAAAUUAUGAAAUAAUGAUGAAAUAAUUCAAUUAUAAACAAAUGCACAUAAUUUGAACUUACUUUAUGUUAUUCUUCUUAACACUAGUACACAUUUUGCAUAAAGUAUUUCUCCUAUAAUAUAAAAGAAACAUGUGCUUCCCCUAUUUUAACAUGAUGAAAAACAGAAACCAUUAUUUCUUAAUCUUGUGCUCUAAAUUAACUUUAAAUAAAGCAGAAUGCACAAAACUAGCUCAGACAACACCCAGGUAUUUACAUGUUCAUUUGUUUAUUCCUAUUCCUGUUUACUCCUAUUCUAUUCAGACAAGAGUUCUGUCUAUUUCUUCCCAACAGACAAAGCUGAAAGGAUUUUGAUGCUGUUGGUUCCUUAAGAACUUAAUUUAUUUAUUUAUUUUUUUACACACAAUGGAUUAUUGAACUUAUCUAUAUUUCAACAUACCAAAGAAUAUCUGAUGUACAAAGCUGAAAGGAUUUUGAUGCUGUUGGUUCCUUAAGAACUUAAUUUAUUUAUUUAUUUUUUUACACACAAUGGAUUAUUGAACUUAUCUAUAUUUCAACAUACCAAAGAAUAUCUGAUGUACCACAAUGGAUGUGUCCUGGGAGUUCCUUCAGCUGAGGGGGAGAGGACGUUCAUAUCAUCAGCUCCUCAGCUGAAACUGCAUGGUGAAAACACAGGAUACAGAACAACGGAGAAGGCUGAAGCUGAUGCCGAGAUGGAAAGUGUCCUCACGUCUCUCGACGAACAGCUGAUAGAUGAGGAAACCAAGACUCAGGCUGUUGCUCAGGAACGUAGCUUCCAAGAAAAGAAGAAGAAUAAAAAGACCAGGAGAGGGACACGAGGAGGAAGAAAGAUGAAAGUCCAGGUCAACAAAGCAGUAGAUGAGGCUGAAACCUUGGUUCAGGUUCAAGCUGAGGCUGAAUCUGUAGAACCAGUGAACAGCAAAUCUGCUGUGGAAAUCCCCAGCAGUGAAAAGAAAAAGAAAAGGAGGAUGAGAGGGAAGAGAGGCGGGAAAAAAAAGAGGCUUCGGUCCAAACAAGCAGGAGAUAAGGCUCAAGCUGAAGUUGAGGCUGAAGCUGAAGCCGAAGCUGGUGUUCAAGCCGAGACCGAAGAAAUUGAUGCUGAGGUUGAGGGCAAGAAGGAAGCUGAGACCGAGUUUGGUGCUGAGGCUCAAGUUGGGCUUGAUGCUGAAGCUGAGGCUGAAGCUGAGGCUCAAGCUGCGUUUGAUGCUGAAGCUGAGGCUGAAGCUGAGGCUCAAGCUGCGUUUGAUGCUGAAGCUGAGGCUGAAGCUGAGGCUCAAGCUGCGUUUGAUGCUGAAGCUGAGGCUGAAGCUGAGGCUCAAGUUGCGUUUGAUGCUGAAGCUGAGGCUGAAGCUGAGGCUCAAGUUGCGUUUGAUGCUGAAGCUGAGGCUGAAGCUGAGGCUCAAGUUGGGUUUGAUGCUGAAGCUGAGGCUGAAGCUGAGGCUCAAGUUGCGUUUGAUGCUGAAACUGAGGCUGAAGCUGAGGCUCAAUUUGAGUUUGAUGCUGAAGCUGAGGCUCAAUUUGAGUUUGAUGCUGAAGCUGAGGCUGAAGCUGAGGCUCAAUUUGAGUUUGAUCCUGAAGCUGAGGCUCAAUUUGAGUUUGAUGCUGAAGCUGAGGCUGAAGCUGAGGCUCAAUUUGAGUUUGAUGCUGAAGCUGAGGCUGAAGCUGAGGCUCAAUUUGAGUUUGAUGCUGAAGCUGAGGCUCAAUUUGAGUUUGAUGCUGAAGCUGAGGCUCAAUUUGAGUUUGAUGCUGAAGCUGAGGCUGAAGCUGAGGCUCAAUUUGAGUUUGAUGCUGAAGCUGAGGCUGAAGCUCAGGCUCAAGUUGAGUUUGAUGCUAAAGCUGAGGCUGAAGCUGAGGCUCAAUUUGGGUUUGAUGCUGAAGCUGAGGCUGAGGCUCAAGUUGAGUUUGAUGCUAAAGCUGAGGCUGAAGCUGAGGCUCAAGUUGGGUUUGAUGCUGAAGCUGAGGCUGACGCUCCAGCCAGCACCAGCAGUAAAAAGAUGAAGAAGAGACGGACCAAAGAAGGACUGGAGGCAGAAGAAAAAAGAAAGCCCAGGUUAACAAAGCAGUGGAUGAGGCUGAAAACAUGGUUCAGGAAGAAGCUGGGGCUGAAGCAGUAGGAAGCAAGCCAGAAGAUGCUCAACCAGAGUGUAGAAAAUAAAGAUAUUACCUUUUAUAUUAUAAAA